UGACGAUCCAUCUUGCUUUGCGCACUCAUCUCGGCGGCGCUCAGACUCUGCGUGCAGCUCUGGCUCAAGCCUCACUGAGGCUUUCGCUCUUUCAUCCACAAUACUAGGUGGCUGCUACUUAACUGCAUCGGUACCCAGAAGACUGCGGGCCAAUUUGGGCUUGCUGGACCUCACCAGCGUUCAGUAAUGUCGGAUUAUGUAGUCCCCAUCGGGGGCUCCCUGAAGCUCAAAGGUGGUGUGGUUGAGGGGGGCAUUGUGAAGAAGAAGAAGAAAUCAAAGCACAAGUCGAAGUCGACAGAAUCCGAGGUCGAUGUUGAGCGCAAGCGGGUUAAGGAAUUGUUGCUGAAGAACGAUGAUGAUGAGCCAUCGCCUGCUGGCAGCGGAAGAAAUUCACCUGCUGUGGGCGGAAGCUCCAGCGUUGAUCGUAGGACUGACGCGGAGAAGAGAUUUGAGGAAAUUCAGAGACGACGACUCCAGCAGAAGGUCGCGAAGCUCGCGGGCAAGACACACAAGGAGCGCGUUCAGCAAUUCAAUGAGAAAUUAGAAUCUCUCAGCGAGCACCACGAUAUCCCCAAGGUUGGGCCGGGAUAAGGCGCGCUUUUGCGAGUUUGGGCAACCGUGCUGCCCUCCGUGCUUGUAGGAAGGCAUUUACUGCUUGCAGCACACUAUUCCGCGUCUCUCCUCGUGCGACACCCGCGGAAGUUCGACCACAGCUGUGUACGUCACCUAUCUUCGUGUAGCGUACCUGUCGACCCAUCUUGCGCACAUUCUUGGGCGGCUCCCGCUCAAGACUGGUCCUGUAGUAUCGUACGCUGGUUCAAUGAUCAUAUCUGUGUAGUCUUAUAG